AACUUAUAUAUUUGCAAAACGUACCGAUUCUGGUCCCAAAUCUCAUUUCUUUCCCCAAACCCUGAAGCAAAAAUGUCCGCUCCCAUUUUCCCGUCGACGUGGCAGAUCCCGAUCGACUUCAUGAUCCGUAAAGGCCACCUGGGGAUCAUCAAGGACAACCUCAAGGUCUACGAUGCGUACGGCAACAAGUUGUAUAGAGUCACCGGCCGGUCGUCGCCGUCGUCGUCGUCGUCAUCUCAUCGGAUCAAGACUCUGUUCGACGUACACGGCAGUCCGAUGAUCUCGGUCGUUCGUCGUGAUGAUGGAUGGCAAUGCUUCAGAGGUAACAACUGGGACCGUGAGGAUUCAGUGUUCACAGCAAAGAUAGUAUAUGACUAUAAAUUUAGGUCAGAGCUGGAAGUGUUCUUAUCUGGAAAGGAGAUCGGAGACCAAAUACCAAAUUUCACGUUGAAAGGCAACCGAUUUUGGAGAUCUUGCACCAUAUACAGUAGGGAUUCAAUUGUUGCUCAGACAAACCCGUUAUACAGGCUAGGGAGGGUGAUCUACUCAAGGCAUAAAUUUCGACUCACUGUGUAUCCUGGAAUUGACCAUUCUUUAGUAAUAGCAAUGCUCAUCACAUUUUUUGGAUAACACAGACUAUAUAUAGAAGGAAAAGGGUUUCAUUUAUUUGUAAAUCAGUCUUUAUUUGAUCUUACUUAUUGUGUUUUCACUAUAGUUUACAAUUUUUAGCUUGCAGAUUUUCCGGGUGUACAUGUAAUUUAUGAUCAGUUCAGUAAAACGCAUUUCUCUAUAUUUGAUGCUCAUUGGCAAAUGAAAAUGAUGUUGUUAUCGCA